GCUUCUUCAUCUUGACGUCACCUUAUCAUCUUCACCUCAAACUCUGAUCUAAGCUUAUCCCUCAUCAAAGAUGAAGCAAAAGAUUGUGAUGAAGGUAUAUAUGAGCUGCCAGAAAUGCAGAAACAAAGCACUAAAAGUUGCGUCUUCAGCGAACGGUGUGAGCUUUGUGGGGAUAGAAGGAGAAGACAAACAAAAAGUGGUCGUGAUUGGGGAUGGAGUGGACCCUGUGAAGCUAACAAUCUGUUUGAGGAAAAAGGUUGGCCAAACUGAUAUUCUCAGUGUGGCAGCGGCCUAACCCAAUUCCAGACACCAAGUCAUGCUCUGUUUCUUGUUCUACACUCUGUUUCUUCUUUCCCUUUCUCCUUCUCCUUCUUUUUUCUGUCAAUUUUCAAACUUUCCUUUUUCUGAGGUUGUUGCUGGAGCACAACGAGUUAGAAUCUUGGCAUUUUUGUUUAUUUCGUGAGAGGUUCUGUCAUUAUUACAAAGGCAGAUGUGAUGACAGAUAGAAACAGAGCAGUUAAAAAGUUUCUAUGUUGUAAAAAAGCUUAAGCUGAUUUUUAUCAAUUCUUGUAAUAGUUGAACAAGAAACUGCUUUGGUUAACGUUGUUCAUGUCGUGCAGCUUGCAAUUUAUCGGUAUU